AUGUCGUUCAAACGCGACGAUGACGUCCCUUCUCUACGCUUCCUCAGGGUCAAGAAGGACAUCGCGGACAUCGCGAGCGACCCGCCACCGGGAAUCUACGUCGCGCCCGAGGAGAACGACAUCAGCCGGAUCUACGCCCUCGUGGUGGGACCUUCCGGCACGCCCUACGAAGGCGGCUUCCUGCUCUUCCACCUCGUGUGCUCGUUCGAGUACCCCAUCAAGCCGCCCAGGGUUCGUUUCCUGACGACGGACGCCGGCCGGGUAGCGCUGCACCCGUACCUCUACAUGAGCGGCGAGGUGUCCCUCAGCAUUCUUGGCACUUUCUCCGGACCACAGUGGAGUCCAGCUCAAUCGUUAUGGAGCCUACUCGUUUCCAUCCAGUCGCUGCUCACCCACGACCCUUUCUACGACCGAGUUUACUACUACGUCGAGGACGACAAAGAAACGGAGCGGAAAGUUGCGGACGACUACAAAGUCUACAUACGUCACGAGGUUAUCAGGGUAGCGGUGUGUGGCGCGGUGGAAAGCUGCCUCGAGAGCGGUUCUUCGUACCCGGCGGAGUUUCGGGGGACAGUGCUGAAGCUGUUCCUCGAGCACUACGACAGCUACGAAGAGUCCGUCAAGAGUCACCUCCGUGUGAAAGGCGAGGAAAUUAACUACCCGGAUGUCUUCCCUCGUAAAAUGUCUCAUUACGAAGCGCUGCUCGCACGACUCCGGGAUCUGAAGGCGAAGGUCGAGAAGCGAGUCGAGUCGGCGGUUCCAGCAGACGCCAACCAGUAG